AUGUCGGUUAUAACUAGUUCUAUGAACUAUAUAGCUAAAGCACUAAACUUGAUCGAAAAAACUUGUUUUGAUUUAGAAAUUGAUGGCCAUGAGCACAUGCGUUUAUUGUAUAAAAAAUAUGAGAAAGCGCUAUACGAUGCUUUUAUUGGAAUGGUCCGUAACAAUUGUAAAGCGUACAAAAAUAUAUUGAACGGUAAUCGCGUAACCUUUAUGAUUUACGGACAGCUGAUCGAUGAUAAAUUUACUCUUGUUCCCAAUAUCAACACUGUACAUGCCACGUUGACCAAGGCCAUGAACGAUAUGUUUAACCGAUUGAAAUCCGUGCCUAGAUGGCUGAGAACCACUAAUAUUUUGUGUCCGUUCAUGAAUAGCAUGGGGACUGAUGAAUCGCAUCUACCCUAUACGUAUUACUCUCACGUGAUGAAAUGCGAGGACGUAUACAACAUAAAAAAAGAAUGUUCUAAUACGAUUGCAAUACUUAUCAACCGGUUGAAAAUAACAAUGCUGAAGUUUGAAGGAUUCGGCUUCAUGUACGAAAAACGAAAUAAAUUAAUAAUUGAUCAGUUCAUUGAAACAAAUCCGACACUGGCUGAUUACGGAGAGAAGUUGAAAUAUUUUUCCACUCUAUCGACCCGUGUUGAAUGCGAGUUGUAUAUAGACUAUGGCUGUGUUCGAAUCGACAUUUCCGAAUAUAUCACUGUGCUACGGGAACGAUGUGAUUUUUGGCAUUCAGUUUAUGCGAAUCAAUUAAUACUUGAAUGCAACGAUAUUAUGGCGAAGUUUUCACAAAGGAUGGUGAUAUUGGAAAAAAAAUUAAAUAAUCAUUUUCGAAAUUGCCAAGGACUCGAUAUUGUAGAAAAGGCUGUUAAAAAAAUCAGACAAACGGUAUUUCGUGCCGAUUCCACAUUUCACGAAAUACAUAAUCGGUUUCAUUUCAUGAUGCGGCAUAAAAUAACUAUACCAAAUUAUCUAUUGAAUAAUUUCAAAGAUGUACAAAAUAAUUGGCAGAUUUUGUGCAAAGAUGCAUUAAGCCGAAGCUUAUGUUUUGAAAAUGCAAAAACAGGUCUUGUUACGAUUAAUAGCUUAUAA